AUGGCCGAUGAACAGGAUGACAGCACUUCUGUGCAACGUGAAGGGGCAUCCCCCGCCGUCGUGGAACACCUGCGAAGUGCCAUUCGGCAAGCCAUGAAGGAUCAUGAAACAACGGAGGUGGUGGAACUCCUGUGCGACAAUAGUGGCUGGACGGUGGAGGAGUUUCUUCAGGCCCCACAGGAAUUCAAGACGAUGGAGGUGUUUCUGCUGUCCACCCCGGAGCUUCCGCAGCUACGCUUAUUUCCAUACCUCACCGUUGUGAAAAUCAUCCACGUCGGACUUGAGAACAUGCGGGAUCUUACUUAUCUGCACCAUGUGGAGGAAUUGUGGCUAAAUGAAAACAACAUUCGUGUGAUUGAAGGACUGCAGCAGAUGCAACGUCUCCAGCGACUCUUCUUACAGGGGAACUUGAUUGAAACCAUGGAAAACAUGCCUCAUCUCCCUCAAUUGCAACAAUUGUGGCUUUGUGGGAAUCGCCUGCGCCAAAUCACGGGGCUGAACGCGUUGCCACAAUUGAAAUCCCUCUGGGUUGCCUCGAAUCAAAUUGCAACACUCGAAAAUGCCUUUACAUCUACCACAGGAAGCAUCGAGGAACUAAAUCUGUCGAAUAAUAAAAUCUAUUUAUUGGGACAACUCACGUAUUUGGAUGUGCUCAGGUCACUACGUAAACUUUGGUUUAGCGACCCCAUGUACGGGGAUUCCCCCAUUUGUCACCUGAGCAACUACACGACCUUUUCUCUGCGUCACCUGCUACAACUGGAGCAAUUGGACGGUGUUGCCAUCACGGCGGAGCAAAGAACUCUUGCAGUGUCGGUGUAUGCAAAGAAGAGUAUUUAUUAUAGUAUGCGACGGGCGAUUCUUGAUAGGAAUCUCUCGAUUGUUCUUGAUUGGGUGCAAAAAGAAGCCGAGGCGAAGCGGAAUGAAGCACGUGAGGCACUGCGCCAAAUAAAUUUGGAGAUAAUGGAGUUAAAUGGAUCUGGACGUGUGGGGUCUUCUUCAGGCCAGACGGUAAUACAGGAAGAAAAAGAGCAUGUUUCGAAGCUACUACGGGCACGGGAUACGCGAGAAGUGGAACUGGAGGGACUUGAACGCCAGCUGUUGGACGCGCAGGAGCGCACUGUGUUUGAGUCCGAUGUUUUGCAUGAACGAUUGUUACUGGAGCUUCAUUCAUGCGGCAACAUCCGCUUAGAAGAGGGGUCACAGGAGGAGAAUUGGUUUGUGAAUGCAAAGGAGUUAAUCUCCACUCGGUUUGAUCCAAAACUCUAUGAAAGUUUGGGUGUCACUGGGGUGAAGGUGAAUCGAGUCUUUCGCAUCAUGUCUCAGGGACUUCGUGAACGCUUUGACAAUCGAAUGCGUGAACUUGACAUUGAUCUUGCAGAAACCCGAAACCGUCGUGCGUUGGUGCGACUCUUCAGUGCGAUACCCAAACAUUUGAGUGAACAACGUUGCUUUCUUCGUGAAGUUAUGAUCAAUGGCUUCAGUGGCCUGUACGCAGAGGACGACGGGGUGCCACUCACAAACAGUCUGUACUACGCUGACCAGGAGCGUCUGAUGUCGAUGACGAAGAAAAACCACGACAUUUAUGGUGUCCGAUUAGCACACGAGGCCUUCUCUGGGCAACUGGUCGUGUCCCGACUUUUCUUGGGAAAGUGCGUGUCAGAAAUGGGUGCCGCCCUUGACAGGGAAACCAAUGGGGAGGUGCCGUUCAUGAAAAGCGAGCGGCGCAGAUGCUCACGACGUCAAUACGGCGAAGAGGUGUUUUCCAUUUACCGUGGGGCCCCACACGACGCAUCCGUGAAGGCGUGGCACGUUUUUGACAAAUCCCUCGUGUUACCGGAGUAUGUGAUUGAAUUCACGUACACCACGAAAGUUUCUCUCUCCACCAAUUCCUUUCUUUCCGUAUACGAUGAUUUGACCGCACUCCAUGCACUCAUGGAGAAACUCUUGCCAGGAGAAUCACAGGAUAGCAUCAACGAUAUACGGACGGUUGGCUACCCAUUAUUCUCCUUUUUACAGUGGCUGAAUUCGAAAACCUUUCAGGUGUUUGCCACUGAGGAGACGGAGAGUGCGGUGCGGCGAGCAAAAGACUUGCGUCGCUUAAAAGUAACUGCCUUUCAGGCGAAUGAAGCCCUUACGAAUGAAAUGAUUGAGGCGUAUAAAAUGCAGGUAACAUGUUGUACGGAAUCUCCCAUGGUGUGUUGCAACAUGUCAAACCAGAAAAUUACAUGUAUCCCGAGAUCCCUUCAAGCCUCAAGCACAUGGAGCUCUUUGAAGGAACUUUUUCUACAAAAAAACAAGAUAGCCUCCGUUGCGUGGGAAUCUCUUGCGCUUGCGGCACCUUCCUUGGAAACUUUAGAUCUUGGCAACAACGCACUGGAGCGUCUGGAGCUUGUCAGCGCCCAUUUCCCCGUGCUUCAUUCGCUCUGCCUGAGUUUCAACAAACUUUGUGUAUUAGGGGGCCUGCUUCAGCUCCGCGAUGGCAUGCCAUCGCUAGAAUCUCUUGACAUGCACCAUAACCCGUGGAUGGAGGACAAGAUGGCUGAAGUCUUUUGUCUUGCCGUGUUGCCUCAGCUACGACACCUUAAUGGAAUUUCUCUCUUCCGGCAUGCGUCCUUGUUAAUACGCCGGAAACGCACCAUUCAACUGAAUCAGGGGAUGUUGCAAUAUAUUAUCCAGGAGGAACGGAAACGGCUGGCGGAGGAUAAAUUGGGUGUAUUCAUGAACUACAGUGAUGGGGACCAAAUCAACACUGUCGAUGCUGUCAAAAUUUGUUCCUUUGAACAUGUGUUUGCUAGCCUCAUGGAAAAAACAGAAAAGGAACGCGAUUUGAUCUCUUCUGCAAAGAAAGAUCCUUCAGCACCUAAUUUAAGGAGCGUCCGUUCCUUCUGUUUUCGAUUCAGUCUGAUGCGUGAUCUAGCAUGGGUGACGGUGCUGCACCAGCUGCGUCAUUUGUAUCUGAAAUCGCAUGCCAUUGAGGAUCUGUCACCUUUGGCGGAGCUGCGGCACCUCAAGACGUUGAAUGUGAGCGACAACCUGGUGAAAACAGCCAAGCCCCUUGGUGGAAUGCGGUUGUUGUCCUUGGACAUUUCAAGAAACAGGCUGACCGGAACGGAGGGCCUGGAGGAGCUUGGUGAGCUGCGCUUUCUCUCCAUUGGUGAAAACGCCAUCACCGACGUAUCUGGACUGCAGAACUGUGGCCUUUUGGAGGAAUUUUACUUUUCCAGAAAUCUGAUAGCCGAGGUGCGUGAUUUGUACUCGUUGCACCGCCUGUCCAACCUUGCGUCAAUCGAUGCAGCGGGCAACCCUUGUGGUUUUCAGCCCGACGCCGAACAGCAACGGCAGGAGUACCGCAACUACAUCAUCUACAACCUCCCCAAGCUUAAAGUGCUGGAUGGGGUACCCAUAGGGGAACUGGAACAGCAGCGCGCCAGGGAUGUGUUUGCGGGGCGGGUAAAUUCUGAAUUACUUGCUGAGCGCGUUGGACUGACGAGUGAAUGGAAUAGUGUACGGGAGCUGGACCUCUCGCUCUGCGGGCUACGGGAGGUCGCAAUGAUGGAGCCCUUUGUUAGCCUUGAGGUGUUGCAUCUGCAUCACAACAGUCUUUCUCGUAUCGACGGGCUGAUGUCGCUGCAGAGUCUUGUUGCGCUGAAUCUCUCCCACAAUCGGCUGGGGCAGUGCCCUGUCGGCGAGGCGCUGCAGCACCUCGAGAGGUUGCGUUCGCUCUCGCUGGAGAGCAAUCACAUCACGGACGUCUCUUCGCUUGGCCUGCUGUUGCCGCGGCUGCAGUUCUUGAAUCUGAAGGGCAAUGAAAUUAUCAGCGUUGAUCAGGGCCUCCAGGGACUGACGGAGCUGCGAGAACUUUUGCUUGACAAUAACAAACUGCGGGGUUUUGGACGGGACUGUUUUGCGUGCAAUUUGCAGCUGACAGACAUCUCCGCGGAGGAAAAUUACAUUCGUUCGACGGAGGGUCUUCAGCCGCUGACCCGCCUUGAGGUGCUUCGACUGGGCUCCAACCGACUCAGCGAUUUGCGGCUGCUCCUCAACGACCUCCGUAACGCCUCAUGUCUUGUCAACGUGACGCUCGUUGGAAAUGCCGUGGCACGCAAAACGCCCUACCGCUCGCAGACAAUUGCUGCGCUGCCGGCUUUGAUGACACUCGAUGACAAGGAGGUCACGGAGGAGGAGCGUGACAAGGCGGAGCUGUCGAGGAUGACAGAAUUUUCAGCGCCGCACAAUGUUGUCUUUGAUCCAUCCUUUCCUCUAGACGCGGUCGGUGGGAUGCGGCUGAGCGGAGCUGCCGUCCAACCCCGCGUCCUGUCGCAGCAGCCACCACCACGAUUCCCCAUUAACAACACCCCACGCCUGCAGUUGCCUUCAUACAAGAACCUUAGACCCAUGCCACAGAUGCGGGACGGUAUUCAAAAAGGCGUUGUUCCUCGUAUGUAA